AUGAUAAAUGACCUACAAAGCAAACAAGCGACACUAGGAAAACGUAAACGAUACGUGCACUCGGAGUGGUCUUCGGUUGGUCCUUACAAGUUAAAAAGAGUUAUUGUUGAAAACGGCGAAGAGGUCGUGCUCAGUGAGGAGCAGCUGCGUAAACGAUAUCGCAAGCACAAACAUACUUUCUGGACGAUCGUCAAAGCAAUUAUCAAGAAACCAGGCGAAGCUAUCAGGACGCUGGCACAGCCAAUCCCUGCUGGCACCGAGUUCAAGCUUUCAUGUAUUCAAGAUCCCUUGAAGCGGCCUAUCGGAGAGGAUGACGGGAAUAGUGGGGUCCAUGAGAGCAUUGAACGAUACUAUGAUAACGCCAUUUUUCAGGUCCCGACUUGGACAUGGCACGUGCUAAUGCUAGACAAGUCACUCAAUCUAUUCCCAUAUUUAGUUAUUUCAUCUGCGUCAAGCUACCGUAAUGAUUUCUUAGCUUGA